UCUCUCUCUUAAGGAAUGCCUGCGCCGCCUUCCGGCCCCCUCCCCUCCUCCUCCUCCGUCCGCCUCUUUGAACGGAAGGGUUUCGGACUUUCUCUGCAACUCUCGCUCCUUAUUUUUGGUAGUUGUUUUUUCCCAUCGACUCUCCAUACCCCUCCGAAUAUGAUGGCGUGUUGAUUACGUUCUCAUCAUCUUUUUUUUUUUUUUGGGCCCAAACCACGACGGCGGCGAUUUUCUAUUAGGAAAGACAACAAAGCAAGAAGAACGUCCCAACUCCCACUCAUUCCCCUUCAUCUCACUCUGUUUCUCUCUUUGGUUAUAUCUUGUUUCUGUUUCCUGUUGGCACUUGAUCCAUACUGCCUUUCUGACGGGGUAAUCUUAUAAUCCUACGAGAGAGAGGACCGAGAGCCUCCUUCCCGUCGUGCUCUUUCAGCUUAUUCCUCUGACCUUCCACUUGCUUCAUCGCUGGCUUCGUCGGCUGUUCUCGUCUCACUUCCAAAGAGUUGUUGACCCGGUCACGAAUCCCUCGCAAGAGAAAAGAACGACAUCAUCGGCCGAACCCCUCAGAGACGUCGCAUAACCAACAUACCUCACACAGCCGGUGUUAUUACCAGGCCACCAGUUACUAUUGCUCUUACAACCGCUCGUCUACAUCUCAUAAUCAACCAAUACCACUCACUGCCAACUACCUCUACAACCCCUUUCACCCUUCUUCUUCUUCCCUCACUCGUUCAACUACAGCCAUUAGGGGCCGAACCUCCAAUCUGUCUUUCGCCAUCGUCCGUCUGCACGAUCGACCCUGCUCGAGCCCAACGAACCACCGUCGGCACAGUGUUCCCCUGUUCGACAGUGCCGAAAGAGGCUGGUUCUCGAUCCUACUCAAACGAAUCGUCCCUGAAACCCCCUCUCACAACAGCUGGGCCGAGUGUUUUUGCAAUAUACAACUCUAGUGUGGUCGUCCUCGGAUAGUCACCACCCGACGAAAGAUCGAAUUAACGAUGAAGACGACAACGAUAGGGACCAUGACGACAACGACGAGGGCGGUGCUGCUUGCCCUCCUCGGCGGCAGCGGCCUCGUCCGGGCCGCGGCGAACCUGUGCUUCUUCCCGGGCGGCAUCCAGGCCCGCGACGUGCCGUGCGACCCAACAGCCGAGGUUAGCAUGUGCUGCGGCAGCGUCAACGCGUGCCUUAGCAACGGGCUGUGCAAGCUCGAAGACACGUUCAACGACACGGGCAUCGCCUACGCGCGGGGGACGUGUUCGGACCCGACGUGGCAGAGCCCGGUGUGUCCGCAGAACUGCGUGCUGAACCAGGACACGCGACACAACAGGUCGGCCUUCGACUUCCGGUUCAACGGCGUGCAGGUGUGGCAGUGCGACAGCCAGGGGUUUGGCGUGCCGGGCAAGUUCUGCUGCGAGUCCGCCGCCGAGAAGACGCGGUGCUGCAGCACGCCCACAGCCGUCUUCGGGCCCCUGAUCGCCGCGACGCCGGGCAACGCCGCCGCCGUGCAGAGCUUGAACGCGGUCGGCAGUGUCCAGUCCUCGCCGACGCCGACCGGGUCGUAUGGCGGCGUCACGGGCACGCCGAGCGCGACGGGCGUGCCGACGAUGACGGGCAAGAUCCCCGCGACGCCGGGCGGGGCGGAAGCGAGCUCGCCCACGGGGUCGGACAACAACAGCAACAACGGCAGUAGCAGUGACGGCGGCGGCGACGACGACGACCAAGCGGGCGGGCAGCGGGGGCUGGGCAACGUGGCGAUCGUGGGCAUGGGCAUCGGCGCGAGCGUCGGCGGCGCGCUGCUGGUUGCCGCGGGCGUCAUGUGGUGGCUGCGCAAGGAGAGGAAGAGGAGCGGGCCCAUGGAGCUAGACGGGUCGAGCACGCACGGCGGCGGUGGCGGCGGCGGAGGCAUCGGCGGAGGCAUGGGAGGCACGGGAGGCGACCUGUCGAGGUCGGACACGGGGCGGAUCGCGUACGGCGGGAUGAACCUCAACAACGGCACGGGGACGGUCAGCUCGAUGGGCACGGGGACGUACGCAAUGACAGGCAACAGCAUGGUCGUGAGGCGGUUAAGCAGCGACUGGGACGGCAGCCCCGGCGGGUUCGGCGGCGGCGGCGGCAGCGGAAAUUAUCAGAUGGCCGAGAUCGACGGCAAGGAGACGUUCAUAGUGACGGAGCCGCAGGCGCAGGCGAGGAAGAAGAGCUUGUAUGAGCUGCCGUAGUUGGUGCACGUAGAAGGGUUUGCAUGUAAGUGGACGAGAGAAAUCGAGAU